AUGAAUUCCAACCUAUUCUUUGCCCUCUACGAAGGAGGCCCUCAAGUCAUUGCCUGGAGUAUCGUAAUUGACUUUUUCGGCGCCAUUGCGCAAGCGGCAUCGAUCGCAGAAAUGGCCUCAACAGUGCCUAUCGCUGGCGCACAAUAUCAUUGGACAUAUCACCUAGCACCUCAACCUGUGAAAAGAUUCGCUACUUGGAUGCAAGGUUGGAUGACCUGGUUUCGCUGGGUUUCUCUACUAGCCGGCGCUUCCAACAUCAGUGCCAUCGUUGUCCAGCAACUGGUUAUGCUAAACAAUCCAAAUUACGUUCCCCAGACCUGGCACGUAACUCUCAUCAUGGUCAUCAUGCUCUUCACCCAAGGUAUAAUUAAUUCCAUUGGCUGGAUGUUCGCCCUUGUCCCUUGGCUCGAACUCAUGGCCGGUAUCUUACACAUCUGUCUUUUUGUUGUCUUCAUGGUCAUCUACACCACAAUGGGCACUCGGCACAGUGGGGAAUGGAUUUUCUUUGAACAUCAGAUCUCCUCCGGCUGGACUAACACUUACGUCGCUUGGAAUCUCGGCAUGCUCACUUGUAUUUGGUCGUUUACGGGCUUCGACGGUGCAGUCCACAUGUCUGAAGAAGUCCGAAAAGCCAAAGAAGCUGUCCCUCGUGCAACCUUCUGGUCCAUUGCUUUGAAUGGCGUCCUUGCCUAG